GCUCCUCUGGCUGAACAAACAUGGACUCCACACAACACGAGAUCGUAUCUCGGAUAAGUCGAACUGUCUUUUCCAGGAUGGACUUAUAUGUAAAAGCUGCAUUCCAGGCUUACAUCUUACUGUCACUAUUUCAAGGUUUGACAUGCGUCCUUCUGUUUGAGCCAAGCUUUGUCAGCAAGUGGACAGCGAUAAAAGCACAAGAUACUGUGGAAAUUAAAAUCAUACACGAUUUCGGCGAGCUUCCGGUCAAGGUGGUUGCAGAACUAAAACUUGUCAUUGCGGGAAAGGAAUACAUCUUCAAUGCACUGGGAAGUGCUCAAAUCGAUGACGAUGAUUACUCGGGGGAAUUAUAUGGAGGGAUUAUCUGUGUGUACAACGAGGUUCUGGUACAUAUCUACGCCCCAAAAUCUGCUUCUAAUCCGAUCGGCCUGUUAGCAUACGUAGGUGAAUCUGGCUGGGAAGGACCUCUGAACUUAAACCCUAACGAUACCAAGUCUGGACACGUUCGUGUAAAGGCAUGGAAACAAUGGGACUUUCCUAGGCCUGACUUCUACCAUCCGUGGACUGAACUUGAUGUUUUGAACCACAACUUGAGUUUUCACGAGUUUAUACACAACCUUGGCGGAUAUCCUGACUAUGUCAUCGUGCAGAUCAAUGGGACCAGGUCUGGCAUGACUGGAGAAGCCAUAGGUUCGAUCAGUAUGCUGAAACAGUACCACGGUUUUAUGGUACUUGGUGGUGUUAUGUAUGGCUACUCGGAUACGGCUAUACGUGUUUGGGCUCCCGUGUACUUACCUCAGUCAACAUCACAUACAGUAAAUCUUAUAAGCACGUCUGAUGGGUGGGCGGUAACCACGAAUGACUGGUUAUACGAAGGACAGGGAUACAUGCGGAUAUUUGCCUGGGUGUUUGACGAGCUUCCCCUCGCCGUUAUCACCGGCUCAGCAGCAACAUUUGAUUUCACCCAGAAUGUUUCGACAAAUGGCAUACUAAAUCAAAAUAUAACACUGGAACAGGUCGAGAUUCAAGUCAUGGAGGGACCUAAUAUGGGUUUUAGAUUUCCUGGAGUUGGGUCAGUUUCAAAUAAUGGCUAUUUUGGACCCUAUGGUGGACUUAUUUACGCCAAAAGUGGGUCAGAGGUGUUGCUAUGGGCACCUGUCCCUGGAUUGGAUGGAUAUCUUUUUCAUCUGAGCGAUCAAGGACAUUGGGGCACAACCGAAACGUACCAGGCAACCAACAACGUCGAUAUCCUGAUCACAGUGUGGCAGGAAUACCGUAUAGGUGACGUCACGUGCCCCGUCGAUCAGCUGAAUGUCUUUGAAGUGGCGACCAACACCAACGCAGUCGUGAAUGAUGUUGGUUACAACGGCAAUCUAACGUUUGAUUGUAUGUAUGGGUACGUGUACCGGGGUGGGAACACGUCAGCCACGUGUGACAGGUACGGGGAGUGGAACUUUCUUAACAACGAUACCAUCACGUGUGAACUAAUACUAUGCAACACGACGGAACUGACAACGCCGAACGCAUUCUUAAUUUUAACGGGAGAAAAUAAAGUGGAUGACGUUGCGAUGUAUAACUGCAAUAUUGGGUACGAGCCCAUUGGCGGAAACCUGUCACGUGUCUGUUUGUCGAGUGGUAACUGGAGUGGGACUGCGCCCUUAUGUCAAGCUGUGGCGACCACCACUGAAACCCUAACAACAAUAACAUCUGAAGCCCCAACAACAACAACAGCAACGACUGAAACCCCAACAACAACAACAGCAACGACUGAAACCCCAACAACAACAACAACAACAACUGAAACAACUACAAAUACAACCACUGAAGCGCCAACAACAACAACAACAACUGAAACUCCAACAACAAAUGAACAACAAACAACAAUUGCGGCAGCCUGUCCUAUCGUCGGUCUGGAAGUGCAGUUUGCAGAAAUGACAAUAUCCAGUACAGGUGAUAUGGUGACGUAUAUGUGUCCGUCGUUGUACCCCCAUAUCUAUGGGGAUCUGACUCGGACAUGCCAGGCGGACGGAACCUGGAGCGGAAUAGCACCUGUUUGUGAGUACUGUCUUUGCCCGUGUUUCGACAACACCACCCUCCCCGAGCAGACACUCCAAGAACUUCUGCACGAAUUAAAGGAGGCACUGACUGUUGAACCUUCCCAAACAUCACUGGCCAUUCGGAAGAAAAUCAGCGUUUACGAAGAUCGUGCGAGUGCUAAAGGUCUCGGGGCUCUAGGUGUGGCUGUGCUGGUGUGUGUCUUACUUCUGAUCAUCAUCCCCGAUAUACCCCGCAUCGUCUCAGAUGUCAAACAUUGAAAAGCAGAUCAUAAACCGGGCAUUAUAAUAAUCACGCAUAUCUGGUAUGUUAAGAUAUCUCAAAAUAUCAACACAUAGUUAUCUAUUUCACUUACAAACCUUAACAUUUACCAUAUUUAAUAUUUCUUGAUUAUCAAUCGAUCCCGGUCUGAACAUGUCAUGUUUACAAACCAAGAGAUACCUGUCAUCUUUCAUGAACAAUGCAGCCCUAAACAUGUUUACGAUCCUUGACGCGAUUACACUCUUUAUGAAGUAAUAGCAAUCCUGAACAUACAUGUUUCUGAGAGAGAG